AUGGCAAUAAGUGAGGAAGUCAUGCUAUCGUAUUUUUUAAAUUUAAAGAAGAAGUAUGCAAUUUCAUCCAUGUGGUCGAAGUACUCGAUGCUGAAGGCCGCUAUAAAGGUCUAUAAUAACAUAGACAUUGGGAAAUAUAGUAAACUCACUGCCUAUCUGAAGAGUGAGUCGAGAGGAUACAAGGCGAAGAAAGCUGCAGUAUUGGAAAGAGCACACGUGGAAGAAUUUUUGACGAGAGCUUGCGAUAAAGAAUAUUUGAUGAUCAAGGUUGCACUAAUAAUGGGAGUUUCUGGUGCCUGUCGAUGCUGUGAAUUGACGAAUUUGAAAAUCAGUGAUGUACAAGACAGGGGCGCAUAUCUGCUUGUUUCGAUACCAGAUACGAAGACCGGCAUUUCACGAAAAUUCACAAUUAUAGAAGCAGGAUUCUCUAUCAAUACUUUGGAGACGUGUAGAAAAUUUAUGUCCUUACGUCCGAAGAAGUUAUCCAACGACAGAUUCUUUUUACGAUACGCUAAUGAGAAGUGUACUUCACAACCUGUCGGAAUCAACACUUUGUCGAAAGUUUCUUCGAGAAAUGCUUCAUUUUUGAAUCUGGCAAACGCAGAAGCUUAUAGCGGCCAUUGUAUGAGGCGCACUUCAACAACCUUAUUGGCUAAUAAAGGUGCUGAUCUUACAACAAUUAAACGACAUGGUGGGUGGAAUAGCUCAGAUAUAGCAGAAAGUUAUAUCGAGGAUUCUAUAUCUAAUAAGCUUGAUAUAGCAAGAAAAAUCCAAGGUUCUCCUGGUUCUAAUCGUUCCUUACAAGACAAUGCAUCCAUUCAUUCUAGAGAUUUAUCAAAAAUUUCGACUAUGCGUUCUGAAACCAAUGACAACUACAAGCUUGUUAUUAAUGGAAACGAAGUGGAUUAUGAUAAAACGAAGAACGAAAUGUCUAUUAAUAUAAAUGUUAAUGUUAAUAUUAAUAAUAAAUAA